AUGUCGACUCUGGAAACACCCAACUCCGAGACAGGCGCGAACCCCCCAACUACGGCGCCGGGAGGAGACGCAUCUACACGAGAAAAGGCCAAGGAUGCGCAGGCCUACGAUGUGGAGGACAGCGACUUGGAGCCCGAACCUGAUAAGGAAACAUCAGACGGAGCAGCGAGAACGAAGUCUCCUAUGAUCGCUCACCUUCACCAAAUGUUCUCCGAUAGGCUCUACGCCAUGCAGUCCAUGGUGGCUAUCCCCGAAUGCAGUAUCCCCACUUCUAUCUCUGCUUUCAAGAGAGGUCUGCUCCCCGACGGAGACCUCUACAAGGAACUGACCAAAUAUCAGUGCAAAAAUAUGGAAGACGUCCUAUCUCGAGCCUGGGCACAGGUCAAAUGGGAGGAAGACGUCGCCAGCCGUGCCAAGGCGCAGAAAAAUCUAGAUCCCAAGGCGAUCAGACGAGACCGAACCGAGCGAGACGAGAAACCCUCUCAAAGACCAGCUAGGGAAUCGAAGCCGGGGCAGGUCAAGUGGCCUCAGAUGAUGAAAGCCCCCGACUCUUUCCGGAACCCUAGCUUCUGGUGCGACUUCCACCGAGACCUUGGUCACAAAAUAGAGGACUGCGUCGCGCUAAAAAUCAAGUUCAACGAGCUGCUUUGGAAAGGGCACCUCAGGGAGUUCCUUUCCGAGAAGGCCAAGAGCCAUCUAAGGAAUGAGACAAUGGCCGCGAAGAAAAGCACCUGGAACGCCAAGCACGACCUAGAGGCAGCCAAGCCAAAACGCCUGCUCCUGGGAGCAGACGAGAUAAGCUUCACGGCCAAGGAGCAGGAGAAAGUCCUCACUCCGCAUCACGAUGCCCUAGUUAUCUCGCUCAAUGUAGCGAACUGCCUGGCUGCAUAUAAGGACCUGGGUCUAAAGGAAGGCGCUCUAACUCGGAGGAUAAACCCCCUUAUAGGGUUCAGCUGGGAAGUCAAACAAACCGCUGGGGAGGUAACCCUCCCCGUAUACGCCGAAGGAGUCAACAUGUCAACCAAGUUCCUUGUGGUUGAUUGCGAUUCAUCCUACAACAUGAUCUUAGAAUGGCCUUGGAUCCACGGAAUGGGGGCCGUCCCCUUGACUCUUCACCAAAUGAGCAAACCUCCGGCUCGUCACACCGAGGAACCGGAAGUAGAGGAAAUGGACGAGGAGCCAUUAACCGAAGGAGAUCAGAUCCGACAUCUCAAGAUCAGCUCCAAGCUAACCGAAGGACUGAGAAGAUGA